CCGAGUGUUCGUCGCGGUUGUGUUAAAAUUAGCUGGAAUAAUUAAAUUCCGAUUUUUUGUUUUAAAAUCAUAAAAUUAUCAAAUUUAACAAUUUCUUUUGUUUUUGUAAUUUCCUUUCACAAUCUUCUUAAACAAAAGCCGUUGAAUAACUGAAGUUAAGUUUAGUCGUCCGAAAAUUGCGUAGAAAAGUGGUUGUUGAAGGUUUUUAAAGCCUGAAAAUUUUUUACUGUGUAUUUAAGAAGAAAAAAAAUAAAUAUUCCAAUAUGUCUAACAAAACAACUUUUACAACGCUUUUACUCCUCAUAGCAAUUGCAAUUGAUUUAACCUAUUGCUACUCAGCGCUGGAGGACUCGCGUUUAAUCUCAGAAUAUAGAAAGCAAUUGCGUGAUACAUCUAAAUAUGCAAAAGUGGCUCGUACUUUAGUACAUGAUGCGGACUGGGCCUCUGUGGGCACUAUAUCGACAGACAACAACACACUUGAUUAUCCAACAGUAAAUGUAAUCUCUACAGAUGAUAAUGAUAUCAAUGGAAAAUCGACUGGUAGAAUACAUUUUCUACUAACUGAUUUGGAUUUUACUGGCAAGGAUUGGAAACACGAUAAUAAAGUAUCUUUCUUAUAUACUGAAAAUCAAACGGGUAAAUGUAAGGCACGUGGUGUCGAUCCUAUGGAACCAACAUGCGCUCGCACUUUAAUAACUGGUAAAGUUGUAGAGAUGGACAAAAAUUCAAAUGAAUAUGUGAACGCCUUGACUGCUUUUAAGCAAAGACAUCCUUCUGCCACUAAAUGGAUGAAAACUCAUACUUUUUAUAUAUGUGAAUUGAAUAUACGAAAUAUCUAUGUACUUAAUUUCUAUGGCGGUCCACAUAAUGUACCUGUUGAAGCUUAUUAUAGUGCUGUUCUCAAUUAUUAAAAUUAUUUUCAUAUAUUGUAAGCUUAAAUUACAAGGAUUAGUUGCUGUAGAUCUUCUAGGUAUUUUAGUCGUUUUCUUCGAGGACUUUAUAGUUUUCUUAUUAUACAUAUAUACAAAUAAUAUCUUAUUAGCUGAGGGGUGUACCAGGCUGGAGGAGCUUGAGGUUUAAACCAACACUCAAAAUAUUGCGAACCACUUCAUAUUAGAUAUAAUAGAUUUUUUUUAGUUGAAAGAUUUAUGAACUUUCAAAUAGUUUUCAAAACCCUUUUUAAAUGAGUCUCUGCAUAUCUCACUGCAAAUUAAUAUUAUUAUGCUCUGUAUAUGGUUUAAUAGAUAUAUAGAAUGUCUGCUUCGACAAUCAAUUUGUCAUAAAACCAAUAAGGUUGUCUAUACUUAAAUCUAUCUAUCUUUCUAUCAAUAAAUAUUGAUAUGAUAUUUUUGUUUUGUUUUAAUAGUACUGUAUCCAUCUUAUAACUGAUCUAUAAGUAAAUGAAAUACGCCUUGUAAAUAUAGACAGUCAGUUUUAGUAGUGAUAGCGGAAGAAGAAACAUAUAUGAACAAUUUUUUUAAAUGAAAAAUUUUAUAUAUACAAUAACUUACGAUAUUAAUUGUGAUAGUUUAUAUAAUAACCAUUUUAACUUAUAAUU